AUGGUGGAGUACCAGAGCCCAGGUGAGGGGUUCAACGGCUGUGAAGAACUGACCAUUGUCGGGAAGCCAGAAAACAGAUUCGACGAAAAAAGGUGGACACACAAAAGGGACACGGGAAAACCGCUAGGCAGCGAGAAGAACUACAAAGGAUCGAGGGACAGGAGAGGAGCUUACAGGAGCAAAAAGAUCGCCGCCGAGGAGAACAAGGUCGUCGGAGCACUGGAAGACGCAUACCAUUUCGAAAUCUCCUUCCGUACGAGCACGUUCAGUAUCUCCUUGGAAACUCCGUUCUCCUUCGCCUUCACAGCAUUUGGAAAAUACUUCAGACCUGAUAAAAGAGCACCAUCACCAGUUCCAGUGUCUAAUCCAUUAGCAAGGUCUGGAUCGCUUGCAAUAAGACCAAAAACUCUCAACUCAUCAUUCAACAUGCAACAGGUGAAGUAUUAUUACUCGAAGAGGAAUGAUUCAUCGACGUCCAAGGAGCGGAAAGGUAAGUGGGCUUUAAGCAAGCAGCAGCCGCCCGAAGCCAAUUCUGGCCAUGCAUCCCUUUGCAAUGGAACGGAGUUCCAGCUAGGCGCCUUCUUCGAAAUUGAUCACGAAAAGCUUCCUCCCAAGUCCCCAAUCCAGCUUAAAGCCAUCCGAGUCGUAAAGGUAAGCGAGGCGACGAGGCUGGAGGUCACGGUGAGCUUCCCGAGCACGCUCGCGUUGCGUAACUACUUCGCGCUAUCGCCGGAGACCGGCCGCGACCCAGAGCUGGACGAGAGGUUCGUCAUGAGCUCCAACCAAGCGGGAAGGAUACUUUGGCGGCUGGUGUCGCCGUCGGAGGUUGAAGAGCAGAAGCACUUGGAGAGCUUCUGGUUGUCGUGUCCUAACCUCCACGAACAUUCUCCGACGCCGGUGAUAACUAGCGAAUCCGUAGCCCCGCAGGAAGAAGAGGCCGGCGAGGGAGAGUCAGUCGUGGGGCACUGCCUCUUAACCAUGAUCAAGUGCUCUGGCCUCGUCCAGUGGGGGAUACGAAGGAAAGUCAAGUACAUAGGAAGGCACCGGCAGGCGGAGAUGUCGGUGGAUGGGCAUGAAGAGGAAGUUGAGGAAGAUGUACAAGAUGACGUUGAAGAGGAGCAGAGUGAGAGGAAAAGGAAGCGGGAGAUUGCUGAAGAUGAGAAGAAGAAUAAGAAGAAGAAGAAAAAAGGAAAGAAAAAUGAGAAAAAGUGGCCGGAGAAGCGACAGACAGGAGCCGUCAAGAGGAACACUGAUAAGAAAAGGAGUGGGGAAGAGCGGCAAUACGGGAAGGGGACGAAGGACCGCUGGUCGACGGAGAGGUAUGAAGCGGCGGAGCUGAAGCUGCUGGAGAUUAUGAAGACCAAGGGGGCCGCUCUAGGGAAGCCCAUAAUGCGGCAGACGCUGAGGGAGGAGGCGAGGAAGCACAUCGGCGACACGGGACUCCUGGACCAUCUCCUCAAACACAUGGCAGGCAAGGUAGUGACGAACGGCGCCGAACGAUUCCGGCGGCGGCACAACUCGGAGGGCGCAAUGGAGUAUUGGUUGGAACCGGCAGACUUGGUGGACGUUCGCAAGAUGGCCGGCGUGUCUGACACCUACUGGGUGCCACCGCCGGGGUGGAAGCCCGGUGACGCCAUGUCGGAUUGCCCCUGCGGCGGUGACUGCAAGUCAAAAACACAACUCAAAGAGGAAAUAGCAACUCUCAAGAGGGAAAUCAAUCAGCUAUGGUCACUGAAGAACGUGGAUAAUGAAAAUUACAAGUGCUGGGUGGAGAGGAAUCAGAGAUAUGAAGAAGAAAUAAAUAACCUCACAAAUUUUAUGCACCUCUUGAAGGAAGAGAUCCUUCAGCUGAGAGAGGAGAAAGAGAAUAAGAAAGUGGCCAUGGAGGCGAUAAGAGUAGACAAGGGAUUGCAGUGCGGUGAAGAUCAUGACAGCGGAACGUCGAAGCAAGAGGAGAAUUUGAAGAACAUGGAGAUGAUAGACCAUGACGACGGGACAACCGAGGAGGAGAAAGUGAAGGCCGCUAAUUAUUAUUCCGGCAUCACCAUCAGCUCCACAAACGACACCGUCAUCUCCAGCAGCAACAGGACAAGUACUAAAACCAAGAACAGCGCCACCACGAACAGUAAGAAGGUGACGUCUCGCCGGAGUGGCUUCCGGAUAUGCAAGCCUCAGGGGACGUUUCUGUGGCCGGACAUGUCCGCGUCCGCCGCCGCGGUGUCGACUAUCGAAGAGCACAUGAUGCUGAUGGGCAGCGGCGUGCCGACCCCUCACUCGGCCUCGUCGGCCACCUCUGCGCCCAGGCUGCUGCUUCUGCCAUCACCGACGUCCGCUGCUCGGCCAGCUAUGACAGCACGCCCUUCUGAGAUCAUGACGGUCCCCACGCCGGCACCUCCUGCCGCCCACUUCCACCACCUGCAGCAAGCAGGCGGCUCCUACGGCCUCUAUCCUGCCUCCGUGGUGUACCACCACACGGUGGCUCGCGUGUGGGCGCAGACAACGUCGACGUCGCCACCAGCGAUGCUUGUUGGCGUGGAGGGGAACAACAGAGCAGAGUUGGCAGCUGCCAUGGCUUCGUGGGACGCAGCGCACAGGGACAAGGGAGGAAGAGGCAGCGUCACCACUGAUCUCGCCCUCGCCCCGCCAUCGACGGCCACCACCCUCUACCCAUAA